AUGAAACUUGCUCCAAACUUGGCAAAUAAUCCCGCAGAAUAUGAGGCCAUACUCGCAUGUUUGAUGAUAGCUAUCGGGGAGAAUAUCAAGAAGUUAGUCUUGAAAAGUGACUCACAACUCGUUGUUCGACAAAUACUCGGUGAAUAUGAAGCUAGGGAUGAGAAUAUGGCUACCUACUUGGACAAAGUCAAGAAUCUCCAAAAGAGGAUAGAUGUUGAGUUCGUACUCAUACUGCGGGAGGAAAACCAAGUUGCGGAUUCACUAAGUCAUAUAUUCUCACCUCUACAGGGAUCAGGGGGCAUACUGGGGGCAAGUAUUGGCUAUGGAUAUACUCCCUAUAGAGGCUCACCAUGA